AUAACCUCACUUCUUAAAUAUUUGUUUUGUUUAUAUCUAUCAUGAAGGAAACCUUGCUAUAGUGAAAAACUAAGAAUGCCGCCAGUGAAACUGUCGACAAAUAACUCUAAUGCAGGCGAUGUAAGUGACAACGAAGCAUCAGGAAAUGAAUCCGAACACUCGAACUCAAGCCGCGAAAAUGAUGGGGGCCACGACUCCACUGAAGAUGAGCCCGACUCCGACGACAGCUCUGAAAUGGACGAGGGCGAAUGUGAAAACCGCCGUAACGCGUUACUCCAACACGUACAAGACUUGGAAAGUCAAUUCGGACUAUUACGAGAACAGUUGUACAAGGAACGAAUGUCACAGGUUGAAUUGCAACUUGCCGAGAUUAAAUCGGGUAAAUCUCCAGAAUACUUGGUGCCAUUGUCCGAGUUACAAGAAAACAUGCGAGUCCGCACAGAAGUUGCCGGAAUCUUGAGAAAACUACGUUUAGAGAACAUCGCGAAUCAGUACGAAGCGGAAGAACAAGCAGCUUUACAGAACUUUGAGAGCGAAAAGUCCUUGGCGUGCGAUUAUUACUACAGCGAAUUAAUGGAUACCAUUAGGAGACUCGAAGAGGACAGACAUAACAGUGAAAUUAGUUGGGGCGAGGGAGGCGAGUAUGGCUCGAGGUCACGUUCUCGUUCACGAAGAAAAGCGGUUACUGUCUCCGGGCCAUAUAUUGUGUAUAUGUUGAAACCUCAGGAUAUUUUAGAAGACUGGACUCUGAUUAGAAAAGCCUUGAAGAGGUCUCCUUGACACAUGGACUUUAAGUAUUGUAAUUUAUUUAAGAGAAACCAUUAAAAUAUAUUUAAAACACAUUAUGAAGAUUUAAACAAAACUGUCCCGUUUUCGAUUUAAUAAAAAUAGCAAAUAUAA